AUGUCUGAAGAAAAGCAAGCAAAUACCGGUGCCGCCAAAUCGACGAGUACGAACACCGCUUCACGCCAACGACCCGGCUCAGCAUGUGAGGAAUGCCGGAGACGAAAGCUGCGCUGCGAUAGACAGCCCCAGUGUGGUAAUUGUAUCGAGUCGGGCGUAGUAUGCACGACAACCACAGUGCGUCCGGCGAGAGGCCCUAAAAAGGGACACCUCAAAGCUUUGAAAGCUACCCUUGAACGAUGUAUUAUGGAACAACAAGGAGGGAUUUCUCUGCCAGUCAGUGAUGGGUCGCUAUCGCCUGUUGAAGAAAUCCAGCGGGCAGGUAGCUCAGACGGAGAGAACGGACAGGACCAGCAAAAGAUGAUUGAUAUGCGACGCGGCUCUUUGCCUUCUCCAAUCGAAUAUCAAAACCACGGUAUCCCAGAGCUAGUGAGGGCCGACCUAGAUCAACUUUACUUUGAAAGAGUCCACCCACUUGUCCCGAUUAUUCAACGAACUCGAUACUUUGCAUGGGCCAAAUUGCCCACAAAAUCCGAUUCGCGCGGUUGUCUGCAGCAUGCCAUGUGGACACUGGCUGCGUCGCUGUCGACCCACUGCCAGAGCAUUCGAGAUUCCUUAUAUACAGAAACGAGAAAACGGCUCGAGGCGCUCGAGUCACGAGAUAACGAAGUGGAUUUGUUCGACAUUGAGGAAGCUCAAGCAUGGCUACUACUCGCCAUCUACCAAUUCACAAGAACAACCUACCGCAAAGGCUGGAUGAGUGCCGGACGGGUUAUACGACUGGUCCAGCUCAUGAGAUUAUAUGAGCUCGAUAGUCCGUCGGAAAUUGCAAGCCAGAUCAUGGAGCCCGAGUGGGUCGAAGUUGAAGAGAAGCGCCGGACCUUUUGGAUGGCAUAUACACUUGAUCGAUUCGCCAACAUCCGCAAGGGAUGGCCUAUCACCCUGACCGAACAAAUCCUUACAAGACUACCUAUUCCCGAAGCUGAGUUCCAGAGUGGACAGCCUAUGGUAAUGGGGUUUCUGUCCGACUCGCUCGCAGGCGGUGACUUUAACCUGGCGCCUCAAUCGUCGUUUUCAGAAUGCAUUAUUCUAGCCACAAUUUGUGGUCGAAGUCUGUCCCAUCAGCAUCUGUCCAUGGUCGACGGUAUGUACGGAACGAACCCACAAGAAUUUUGGAGUCGGCAUGAAUGGAUCGACACUGCACUCUCGACAAGGAUCUCAAUACUCUCAUUGACUUAUCCCUUUCAGCUUGAACAUAUGGAUCCAAUGCUGCUGUUUACCAAGAUGAUCGCUCAGGCUACCAUCUUAUGCAUGCAGAAGAUUAUUGAGUCUAUUGCCUGGGAUCGCGAAGAGUACGCCGGCCUCCUUCUCGAAUAUGAGCAAAGAGCCCGGCUAGCGGCGAAAGAGAUUGUCGAAUUGGCAAAGGCCCUCACUCAUCUGAGCUACUUCAAGGUAAUAGAUACAUGUUAUUCUUUCCGUGCUGGUCACCAUUCUGACAAAGCUCAGGUCCACCCUUUCACUCCCAUACCACUAUGCAUCUGUGCCGAAUUUUUAAAUUCACGCGACCGGGAAAGUGACCCUAGCAUUGGCAUACAGCUACAGGAGAUUCUUGAUGCGCUUCAAUAUUUAAAGAAUGUCAACGCUCUUGCUAAAGAGAACCCAACCGUUUCACUCUGGUCUGAUUUUAACAUGGAUUCCUUAGGCCUGGAUAUAAUGAAGUAA